AUUUACUCCUAUUGGGAAAGGUGACAAAGUUGUUGUGGAAGAACAUUAGAAAAGUUAACGUUUGACGAGAGAAGUGCGAUUGUCAUUAAAAUUAUUGUCGAGAAAUUGAUAUUCAAAAGUGAAAGCAUUAUCAAGAUUUUUUCUGGCAAACUUUUAUGGUUCAUAAUUCAAGUGAAUCAUGGCUGAAUACUCAGGCAACAAAUACAGUCAUGUCUGUGACCCUCCACACUGACGUCGGCGAUAUAAAGAUUGAAGUUUUUUGUGAAGACACUCCAAAAGCAGCCGAAAACUUUUUGGCACUUUGCGCUUCAGAUUACUACAACGGAUGUGUUUUCAUUAGGAACAUUAAAGGAUUUAUCGUCCAAACUGGCGAUCCAACGAAUACCGGAAAAGGUGGAAAGUCAAUUUGGGGUGAAAAGUUCGAAGAUGAGUUUAAAGAGAAUUUAAAGCAUUCAGAGCGAGGAUAUUUGUCAAUGGCAAAUUCGGGUGUGAAUUCAAACCAAAGCCAAUUCUUCAUUACUUAUUCAGCACAACCCGCACUUGAUUUAAAAUAUACAAUUUUUGCGAGAGUUAUCGACGGAUUCCAGGCAUUGGACGAGCUAGAGAAACUGGCGGUUAACCCAAAAACUUAUCGACCGCUCAUAGAUAAGAAAAUUAAUUCUGUAACCAUUCAUGCUAAUCCUUUGGCUGGAUAAAAUAAAUUUGUAUUUAAGACAAA